UAUUAAAUUUAAUAACAAAUAAAAAACAGAAAUAUAAUUAUAAGCGACCGUAGAGAACAUUUUGGAAUUUCAACGCGAUAAAGUCUAUUUAAAUAGUUCCAAGUAAAAGCCGCAAAUUAAUUAGAUUUAUUGCCACUUCCGUGCUGAAUAGAAUCGCGUUAAAGAAAGCAAUUUAAUUUCCAUUAUUUAACUUCCAAUAAAAAAGAGACUUCCAUCUCGUGCAAGCAGAUUUGAUUCGAAAUUAAACUUAAACUGGUGUUUCAUGUGAAGUCUCUUAAAUACGAUUCCAGUUUGUAGCAAGUAUUUUCACACCGUCCUUAAAAUGCGUUUCGAGCCAUUGGGGCAGAAAAUGUUCACUCGUCGUAAUUGGCUACUACGCUGUAGCAUUUUAAUCAACGUAGCUGUUAUAUUGUACAUUGGUAGUCAUGUGAUGAUCGGUGGUGGUAACAAUUUCACAUCUGGUUCCGCAUUCUUCCUUCAAGAGCAACAACAACAAACACAACAGCAACAAAUCUUAAGAGAUGUUAGUAUACGUGAGCCAAUAGCUAAAAAUGAGGCACUUACGACAUCAAUAGAUAAAUUACAACCUGUGGCAUCACCACCAGAUGCACAAUCACCAGUUGCACCAAUUGACGUCGGUAAUCAGGGAGCUGCAGCUGCAGUAGCAGUACCAGCAAAAGUGGAGGAAUCUUCUGGCGCAGUGGUAGCUCAAUCACGCAAAGAAACAGAAGUUGCCGAACUUGAUCCAAAUUUGGGUGAUCCAGCGGCUGUGAUAGGCAAUAUAGGGGGCGAAUCCAAUACAUUUGUCAAUAACUCCAACACCGAUGGCUACAUUGUGACAGGCGAUGAAAAAGACUUUGGCGAUCGUUUGCGCUCCAUAUUAAAGUGUUAUGAUCGUCCGUAUAAAGCUGAAACAUUACAACGCGGCGAUUUUUGGGUGUUACAAAACUAUGUACGCGCCGAUCAUGGUGAACUGAAGUGCCACGAAUCCAUUACUUACACGACACAUGCGGACUAUACGUUUUUGGAUAACCUAAUACCAUUACUUGAAAGGUGGAAUGCACCUGUCAGUAUAGCUAUGCACGCACCGGGUACGGAUUUUCAACCAACACUCGAUUCCAUAAGAUAUUUACGAGACUGUCUACCCGAUAGCGAUCUUGUUCGCAUGUAUACCACAUUUCAUAUAUACUUCAGCACCAAACAUAUUCCGGAUAAUGUUCCCAAGCAACAGGAUGCUUUAAAAGUAGGCUAUAACUGCACUCUGCCUCCACCCUACUUCAACAUUACAGCAGGUCACUUGUAUAAAACACAAAAAAAACUUUUGUAUCCUGUAAACGUAGGUCGUAAUAUCGCUCGUGAUGCUGCACUUACACAUUUCUUACUCGCUUCCGAUAUAGAAUUAUAUCCAAAUCCAGGACUAGUGAAGAAAUUUUUAGAAAUGAUUGCACGAAAUGAAGCAUAUUUACAUCGCAAAGCUCCCAGAGUCUUUCCGCUUUCAAUUUUUGAAGUCGAAGCAAAUUCGGCGGUGCCGCGGGAUAAAACUGAGCUGCAGGAACUGCUGCGCACUGGUAAGGCGAUUCCCUUUCAUAAACGCGUAUGUGCCAGCUGCCAUGGCGUGCCAAAAUCGAAAGAAUGGAUGGUUGCAAACGAAACAGAUGAACUCAGUGUUUUCCAUAUUGGCAAACGCACUAGUUACUUUGUACAUUGGGAACCCAUAUACAUCGGAACCCAUGCUGAUCCACACUACGAUGAACGACUCAGUUGGGAGGGAAAGAGUGAUAAAAUGACACAGGGAUAUGCACUUUGCGUUCUUGACUACGAAUUCCAUAUACUAGACAAUGCAUUCCUUGUACAUAAGCCGGGCAUCAAAAAACUGAAAAAGGAUAAUAGACGCGCCAUGUUGGCAGGUAAAACGAAUCAACUAAUACGCAAGAUCAUUUAUCCGGAAUUAAAAAUCAUGUACGGCACAAGAAAGGGUUGCGCCGUAUAGUAACUAAUUUGGCGAAAAGUUGGAAGACUUUAACUUUUGGCGUUCAAAUCGAAAUACAAGACUACAUUAAUUGAUACUACUUAUUAAGUAAGAAGUGAAGAGGAAUAGUAAAACAGAUUUUUAAAACUAAAUAAAUAAACGCUAAUAGACUCAAUACUAAUAAAAUUUGAUAUAUAUACUAACAAAUUGUUGUUAAAAUGUACUGAGCAUAAAUUGUUGAUCCUUUAAAACAAACACUACAAUUCCGUAUACAUAUUUGUGAAUUUUAAAUAUUAUUAAAAAAAAUACUCUAUUAUUUUUUAUUAUUUUUAUUGUAUUAUUGCGUUAACAAUAUAUAAGUUAUGUAUAUUAGAAGUGACUUUGACAACUACGAUAAUAGAGGAAAUGCUGGGGUAUUAUCAGCGAAAUCAAUCAUUUCUUCCAUAUGUGAAAUCAAUAUUUUAUUUCGCACCAAUGACUGUUCAUUAUAACAAAUAGUUUUUUUAUUGUUUAACCCAAAGUUUAAUAUUUUUAAUCUUAUUAAAAUUUAAUGUAAGUUUUCUUGGUUUUCAGAUAAGUUAAUAAUUAUAAUUGUUGAGCUUAGAGAUUUGGAAAAAUUUAUUAAAUUUUUAUUUAGUUUUUAUUUUUUUUUCUUUUAAAAAUAUAAUGUUAUGUAUAUAUAAAUAUAGUGAAAUAUUAUUUCUUUAUUUAGCAAAAAGUCAAUUUCGCCUCAGCAUUUGUCUACUAUCCGAAGUUAUCACUAAAUACUUAAGUCAAUACGAUUUUAUUUGUUGAGCGAAGUGAAUUCGCAUUUUGUUACGAGCAUUUGUUUCGAUCACUGACACAUCAAGUAUAACAUUACAACAGUUAGCAAACACAUGUAUAACAGUUAGUAAACACCUGUAUAACAGUGUAUAAUUGUAUUAUAUUUACUAAAUUAGUUUAUCCCCUAAGUUUUAAAGAUGUAACAAAUUAAUGUAA